AUGGCUCAUCACUCCCUUUACCUUCUCUUCCUCUUUGUCUUAUCAUCAAUCAGCAGCCAUGCAAUUCAAGCGGAGGCUCGCCGUCUUUUGGAAGUAAGUUUGCCAGAUGUGCCGAAGCCUGAUCUUCCCAUUGGCCUCCCAAAACCCGAGCUACCAACAUUGCCACAGCCUGGAUUGCCCACAUUACCUAUGCCCGAUCUUCCUAAACUGCCAGAACUUCCAAAAUCUCAGCUGCCAACUUUGCCCAUACCGGAGUUGCCAGUACCUUUGCCAGGACUUCCCAAACUACCACUACCAGAGCUGCCAGUACCGUUGCCACCUCUGCCAAGCCCUUAAGUACUAAAGUUCCCUCGAUGAAGGAAACUGUACGACAUGCUAUUCAAAAUGACUCGUUUGUAUGAUUGUUGUGUUUGUUAACCUCGUCAUUUUAUUGUUGUUAAGCUUUUGUUUGUAAAACUCUUGUUAUUAAGUUGAUUGUUUGUGGCAGUUAA